CCACACUGUUGUUUGGUUGCAGUGUCUCUUAGCAGGUGGACUAAACUCUUGGAUUGACUCCGAGACGAGAGUAAGAUGAUUUGUUUUGGCAGGAGACGCCUCUCUCUGUGUUGCAAUCUCCUCUUUUGUCUACUCCUAGGUUGUGUGUCUGCAGAAAACAUCAUAGCCAGAGUGGGAGAAGAUGUGACUUUGAUAUGCAACUAUGAUGCCAAGUCCAAGGGCAAGCUUUCUAUGUGCUGGGGUCGAGGAGCCAUCCCCAACAGUGGCUGUGCCAAUGAGGUGAUCAAGUCAGACGGCACGUCGGUGAUCAACAGGCUGUCAGAGCGUUACCUGCUCAAGGGGAACAUUGGUGAGGGGGAUGUGUCGCUGACCAUCAGGCAGGUUGAGGAGGGCGACUCCGGGAUGUACGGCUGCCGUAUAGAAAUACCGGGAUGGUUCAAUGACCACAAACACCAGAUGACUCUGACGGUAGUGGCAGUACGCCCUAACCCCCUGAAGGUGGAGACAAGAGAAGUGAAGGAAAGAACCGUCACUGUUCGCUGGACUCCUGUGUUUGAUGGCGGCAAGCCCAUUACAGCCUACAGGAUCGACCUCAAAAACAAACAGGCAUCCUGGGAUACCGCAGUGAGUACCGAAGUGUCAAAUCCUGAACUGACUCAGCUGACUUUGUUGGAUUUGCGUCCGGCCAAGUCCUACAACCUCCGCAUGUUCGCCAUUAACAGUGUGGGCAUGAGCGAGGUCAGCAACGUUCUGACAGUCACAACGAAAGAAGCAGCACCAGACGGUCCUCCCCUGGAUAUGCAGCUGGAGGCCCUCACUCCUCACAGCAUCAACAUCACUUGGAAGCCUCCGAGGCUCGAUCAGAUAAACGGGGUUCUUCAGAGUUACAGCAUUAGGUACAGAGAGUACGACCCCGCAGGCAGACACUUCAAAAGGUGGCAGUACUUGAGUGUGACGGCAACACGGGAAGUAGAGAGCGUCGUCCUGAGCAACCUGAAGCCUUCCACCAAAUACGGCGUGCUUGUUCAGGCACUAACAAGCGCAGGGAUAGGACCUGCCUCGACUGCACCUCUCUGCUCCACUCUGGAUGAGGUUCACGUAACUUCAACAGCAUCAACUAUCAAGUCUACUUCCACUGCUGCCACGAUUUGGAUACAAGACGCUACGAGUUUCACUUCAGUUCACUCAACGUCAACAACUAAGACUGUUACUGCUGCCACAGUUUGGGGAGAAAGCACCACAACCAGUAUCACAUCAAGUGUCACAUCAGUGCCCCCGGAUCCCCCAGUGGUUGAGUUAAAGGAGGUCAAAGACAAUACUAUCUCCCUUCUAUGGACUCCUGGGUUUGAAGGUGACAGCCCCAUUACUGGCUAUUACCUGGAGUCUAAAGCAGUUAACGCCUCGUGGGAUUACAGAAAGACAGUUGUUGACUUCAGCCCCAACCAGACGGAGGCCACAAUAAUAGAGCUAAAUCCCUCCACGUACAACAUCCGCAUGUUUGCCAAGAACAGUCGGGGCACCAGUAAAGCGGGCAACGUCAUCACCGUCGCCACUGGAGAAGCAGGUCAUCAGAGGGAUGAUCAUCUUACCACCGUAUCUACUGAUACUCACGCUGCUGCGAGCGUUGAGGAGAGUCAAAGUGGUGGUCACAUGGCAGCCAUCGUGGUGCCAGUGGUGCUGUUGGUGUUGGCUGUUGCCACAGUAGCCACAUGGCAACUUCGACGAAUACAACAGAAAAAAGGCAGCCUGAACAUGUGGCUGACCAAUGGAGGGCUACGUGAAAGAGGCGCUGAGCCACUACAAGAGCUGUAAAACUCUGAGUUACUUUACAUUUUAGCCAACGACGAGGCUGAAACUCACACAUAAGCGAUACAUUUUAUGAAAUUUGAAAAGUAAGAUUAUAUAUAUAUAUUUCUGUUUGUUAUGUCAUUGAGGAGAGAAACUAAAUCUACAACAACUUCAUCUCUACUUUGUAAACACUCCCUAAAGAAGCUCUAAUCACAACACCAGCACAGUGUUGCCGAUACUUCCAAUAGUUUCAUGUUGCUGAAUUAACAUUAGUUAAUUUGUAAUUUUUCGUUGUUUCCUCUCUUUCUAACAAAAUGGAUCUUUUUACACUUUUAUAACAAUCAACAGGUCAUUAAAUUACUUGUUUUAUGUGACUUUAUGUGUAAUUAAAUAAUACCACAUCUUUGCUAUUUUGCUUAAGCGAUAGUAAUAAAUGUCCACAGUGUUUGUUCAUCAACAUGUAUUUUAUUUUAUUGGGUAAAACAUGUUGUGUCAUGUAGAAAAUGAACACAACAUAUUUACUUACCAGCCACCAGCUGUGCAGGAUGUGGCUGUUUUUAAAACUAUGCCAAAUGAAAUCAGCUGGUAAAAGUUUAAACAGUUCAAAUCAAACCAUAAAUACAUACAUGAUGGAAGGUAGUUUAUGAAUGAGCUGUUGAGAUAACAUUGUCAAAAAUAAAAAAAAAAUCCCUCUAUCCCAUUCUCUUCUUUAA